AUGGCCGUUUUCGACACUCCCCAGGAGGCCUUCGGCGCCCUGCGCCCCGUCUGCGUGCAGCUGACCAGGGCCCAGACGCUGGAGAACGUGGGGCUGCUGCGGGCGCGGCUGGCGGCGGUCAGCGCCCCGGCGCUGCAGGAGCUGCAGGAGUACGUCCUGUUCCCGCUGCGCUUCGCCCUGCGGCUGCCGGGGCCCCAGCAGGAGCGGCUGGUACAGAGCCUGGUGCAGUGCAUCUCUGCCGUGCUGGCAGCCACCUGCCUGAAGAAGCCGGAGCUGCUGCGGGAGCUGUUUUCCGAGCUCUGCUCCUGCCUCUCGCCUCCUCCCAGCUCCGGCAAAGCCGCUCCGCUGUCGGAGGAGCUGAAGCUGGCCGUGAUCCAGGCGCUGCACACCCUGCUGCAUGCAGCCCACGGGGACGUUGUCCUGUCCCUGUACCAACCUUCCACCCUGCCCCUCCUAGGAUUUGCUGUGUCCUUGCUCCUGGGCUUGGCAGAGCAAGAAAAAGCAAAGCAAAUCAAGAUCUCUGCUCUGAGGUGCUUGCAGGUCCUGGUGCUGCAGUGUGACUGCCAGGAGCACCGACCCCUGGCUGAGGACGAGGUGCAGCAGUGUGGGGAUUUGUUUGCUUCUUUUCUGCCUGGGAUGUCCAUCACACUGUCUCGGGUGAUCACUGGGGACACCAAACAAGGCCACAAACCUGUGGUUUCUGCCAUCAGACUCUUCUAUCUGACCGUUGGCUCGGUGAUGGCUGAUGUCCAGCUAGCCAGAGUCCCACAGAGCAAAGAAAAGCUGCCUGUAGAACAAUGCAGAAUAUCAGAGCUGAUGGUCCACAGAGGACCUGACUGGAGUAAAAGCACUGCUGCAAAACUCUCUCUCCUCCUGCAGAAAGUGGUUGAAUUUUCUUCAGUGCACCCCCACUGGAAAGUGAGGCUGGAGCUGGUGGAGCUGGUCCACCACUUGCUGAGGAGCUGCAGUCAGUCGCUGGUGGACUCCUUCAGUCACCUUUUGAAGGCCUUGGUGGGGCUGGUGAAUGAUGAAACCAGCGAGGUCCAGAGCAGGUGUCAGGAGGUUCUGCAGGGCAUUGCCGAGCAGGGUGUGGUGGCUCAGAGCAGGGCUCUUGCUGAUGUCCUCUCCGAGAACCUCCACUCCCUGGCCACAGCCCUUCCCCGCCUGAUGAACUCCCAGGAUGACAGGGGCAAGGUUUCCACGCUCAGCCUCUUGCUGGGCUACCUGAAGCUGCUGGGCCCCAAGAUCAACGUCGUCCUCAACUCCGUGUCCCACCUCCAGCGGCUGGCCAAGGCACUGGUGCAGGUUCUGGAGCUGGAUGUGACAGAUGUGAAGAUCGUGGAGGAGAGGCGCUGGGGCUGCGAGGGACCCCCUGGCCCCUUGCAGCAGGGGCUGCAGGGAGGCAGGGGUCAGAAGAAACACUUCCGCUUCUUCACAGAGGAGAAGGUCCUGCAGCUGCUCCAGCAGGUGUGCCGUGUUCUUGGCUACCAUGGCAACCUCUAUUUGCUGGUGGACCACUUCAUGGGGCUGUACUGUGAGUCGGGGCUGUACCGCAAGCAGGCAGCCAUGGUCCUCCAGGAGCUGAUCACGGGAGCUGCCGGGGUGGGGGUGGAUGUCCUUCAGCAGAGGGAAGCUCCCUUGAGCCUGGCUGACCUCAAAGGCUCCAUAGUGUCCAUCCUGGACGAGUACACGGAGCAGGCCAACUGGUACCUGGUCACCAGCAUCGAUGCAGAAGAAAUCAGCCAGGAGAGGCCUGUACAACGCUCAGGUCCAGGAGGUGGGCACAGCAACGUUCUCCUCCCACCCCCAGAGCUGCCCACCACGACCAGUGCCAUGAACAGCAACAUCUGGCAGCUCUGCAUCCAGCUGGAAGGGGUCGGCCGCUUCGCCGCCGUGCUGGGCAGGGCCUUCCGCCCGCUGCUGCUCUCAGCUCUCUACCCAGUGCUGGAGAAGGCUGGGGACAGGACCCUGCUCAUCAGCCAGACAGCACUGGGCACGCUGGUGGACAUUGGUGAGGCCUGUGGGUACCCCUCCCUGCAGGCUCUGAUCGCUGACAACUCAGACUACCUGGUGAACGGCAUCGCCCUCAGCCUGCGCCAGCUGGCACACCGGCCCCACGCUGCCCAGGUGCUGGACACUAUGCUGAGGCAUUCGGAUGCCAGCUUGCUGCCGCUGGUGGAAGAUGUCAUCCAAGAUGUCCUGUCUGCACUGGAUCACUCCUACAACGACCAGGCCUCCACGUUCCUCAGGGUCCUCCACUCGGUGAUGACAGCUUUAGCUCGCUGGUUUGGAUCCUGCUGCAGUGAGGAGCGUGGCCAGGGCCAGGCUGAGGAGAGCUGGAGCAGAGCUGUGUCCCAGGGCCAGCAGGUGGUGACAAGGCAGGAGGUGGAGCAGUUCUUCCUCGACUACAUCAGACAGAAGCAGGUGGCAGAGGGAGAUCUUCCUGACCCAGAGGAGGAGGAGGCAGAUGAGGUUCCCCCAGUGACUGCCCCAGAGCUGAGCAGCUCUGCCAUGGAGGAAGAAGCUCCCCUGCCAAGCCAUGCUCAGCUGGCCAGGGCUGUGAUGGAGAGGUGCAGCAACCUGCUGUCCCACCAGAGCCUCCACCUGCGGCUGAAGGUCCUGGAGGUGCUGGAGCUGUGUGUGACUGUGCUGCAUCCCCAUGGCACCCACCUGCUGCCCAUGGCUCACCGUGCCUGGCCGGCGCUCGUCCCCCGCCUGCUCGGCGACCACCCCCUGGCAGUGCUCAGGGCCUUCAAGGUGCUGUGUACCUUGGCUGAUAAGUGUGGGGACUUCCUGAGGCAGAGAUUCUCCAAAGAUGUCCUGCCCAAGCUGGCCAAUUCCCUCCUCAGCCAGGCCCCAGCCAGUGCCAGAGCUGGCCCUGUGUACAGCCACAGCCUGGCCUUCAAGCUGCAGCUGGCUGUCCUGCAGGGGCUGGGCUCCCUCUGUGAGAAGCUGGACCUGGGUGAGAGUGACCUGAAUAAAGUGGCAGAUGCCUGCCUGACCUACCUCAGUGCCAGGCAGCCCAGGAAGCUGCAAGAAGCUGCCCAGAGUGUUUUCCUCCACUUGAUGCAGAUGGACCCUGACAGCACCUGGCUCCUGCUGAACGAGGUCAGCUGCCCCCGGGGGUACCAGCCCCCCCAUGCCAGCCUGCGCCCGGUGAAGCUGGGGGGCACGGGCAGGCCACGGGAGGAGCUCACCCACAACGUGCAGCUCCUGCUGGAGAGGCUGGAGCAGGGGAUACGGGAGCCCAUGAGCCCUGCCCAGGGUGGCACGGGUGCUAUGACACAGGAGGAUAUUGGAGCUCGGACAGGAGCAGAAGACCCAGAGCCACACCAGCAGGGGCAGCAAGGACAGAGCGAGGGCCGAGUGAGGAAGGUGGCCGAGCCCCUUUCCUCCAUGGGUUGGGAGGAGCGAUGCUGGCAGGGGGCCAGCUCGGGUGGCGCAGCUCCCCGGGCACACAAGGACCGCGGGCAACUGCCUGGCUGGGCAGUGCCGCGGCACGGCCUGCAGCACCAUGGCUGA